AUGUUCAACAGUCAACCACAAUUUACUAUAAAAGCAGUGAAUCACAAAGCAUUUGACAAUUCCUGUCUCAUUGAUGCGUUCAACAUUUCAAGUGGAAACAUAGCAGCUUGUUUGGAGCACUGUUUGGAAAACUGUCGGUGUCAGUCGUUUCAAAUUUGUGAAAACACAAAAUGUCAACUGUGUUCAAGUCACAAGAAAGAGAACAGUUCAUUGCUUCAUGACAAAGAUGGCUGCAUCUAUGCUACGUACGAGAUGCGACAUUUGACAGAAACGUUUCAGGUAAUGUAUGUAACUAUACGAAUUUAAAAAGUAAAGUAAAAUUUACAUGUGUCAUAGUUUUGAAAUAUUUCAAUGUGUUUCCUGUGUAAAUAUUAUGCAUAUAUAUCCAAUAUUUUGUUAUUAAUAUUCACGAUUGUAACCAUAUUACAUUUUAUCUUCUAAGCGACUGGACGAGCAGUGUUUGGCAGGCAUAAGUUGUCCAAUGAAGUACAACUGUUGUCAACAAUCAGGUCUCUGUCCCGAGAACAAAACAUGUAAACCAAUCAACUCCCAAGAACAGCCCUGGAAACGUUUUACCUGCGAAUGCCCAGAAGGUUACCAUGGAAACAACUGUGACGAGCCAAUCACGUCAUGUGGCGGGUAUUUAGAUGGUCCUCGGAAAUCGGGCAUGCACAAAGUAAUGGAUUCUGAAAAGUCAGUGUACGAAGUAUACUGUCAUUUUGAAUCUGAUGUAGCUUGGACUCUGGUACAGUCUUACAGUUUUGCAAAUGGUUCUUACCGCAGCAAAUUUAAACAAUUCCGAAAAUCAUUAGCUAAAAGUCACCCUGUCAGUGAAAAUGCUCUAACAUGGAGCGGCUAUAGACUUAGCAAACGAAGAAUGGAAUCUAUAAAAAAUAAUUCAACUUUCCUGCAAUUCACAUGUGAUUAUGAGAAAUACCGUUCUAUAAACAAAUCUGACUACGUCCAAAUUCAACUUCGAAAUAUUAAAACCCGGUCGGGAGAUGAAAACGUUGAUGUUCUUGAACUCAAUCAGUAUACAACCUAUGUUACUAUAGGCAAUGGACGUGGCAAAAUUGGAAAAUAUGAUUUAAGUGGUUGUCGUAUUGAGCGGCUUCAUCAGCAAACAAAUUUUAGCGUGCCCUUGCAUGUCGAUAUUUACCGUGUACGUCCUACCUGUAAGUUCUACGAUCAGUCUUGUUCCUCAUCAGGCUUAACCAGUCAGUAUUUUGGCAGUUAUUCAAAUUCUGAUUGUGUUAAAAAGGUACAUCGUUGUGUAAAUAGCCAGAACUCUACGACGCAACUUUGGUUCGGAGAUACAAAAACUUCCCGCGAUUCCGUUGAAACCUCAGAGGACGAGAGCCACGUGCGCACCGUCGAAACCUCGGGGGAUGAGAGCCACGUUCACACUGUAAAUUAA